GGCUCGACUCUGUUAAUAGAGAGAGGGAGAGAGAGAGAGACAGAGAGAGAGAAGAUGGAAGAGAAACGAGAAUUGUUAUCCAGUGUAGCAAAGAGCAUUACAGCAUCACCAAUUCAGGAACUGUCCCACCUUGCCCAGAGAUGCAACGCCAUCAACCUCGCCGAAGGCUUUCCAGACUUCCCUGCACCUUCCCACAUCAAAGACGCUGCCAUUUCCGCCAUCAAUUCCGACUUCAAUCAGUACAGGCACGUGCAAGGAAUAUGUGACUACGUGGCAAUCGUAAUGAACCAAAUGCACGGAUUAGAUGUCAACCCUCUCACUGAUGUAGCUAUUUGUUGUGGCCAAACUGAAGCAUUUGCUGCAGCAACGUUUGCGAUAAUAGACAAGGGUGAUGAAGUUGUACUGUUUGACCCUUGUUAUGAAACAUAUGAAGGAUGUAUUAAGAUGGCUGGGGGAGUCCCAGUAUAUGUGCCCCUUGAUCCACCUCACUGGACCUUGGACCCUAACAAAUUCAUCAAGUCUUUUUCUCGGAGAACAAAAGCCGUAAUACUCAACAGUCCUCACAAUCCAACCGGCAAAGUUUUCACCAAAGAUGAACUUGAGAUUAUUGCUGGAGAAUGCCGCACCAGGAACUGCCUAGCUAUAACAGAUGAAGUAUAUGAACAUAUAACAUUUAACAGUGAGAAGCAUAUAUCCCUCGCCUCGUUUCCAGGAAUGAGAGAGCGGACCAUCAUCACAUCUUCCUUAUCUAAAACGUUCAGUGUCACAGGAUGGAGGGUUGGAUGGGCAAUUGCUCCAGCUUUUAUUGCCUCUGCAAUCAGAAACAUUCAUGUUAAAGUUACAGAUUCUGCACCAGCACCUUUCCAAGAAGCUGCCUUGACUGCUUUGAGAAGUCCCCCUGAAUACUUUGAAUCAUUGAGAAGUGUAAGUAAUCUCUAUUAUGCUCAGGAUUAUGAAUCAAGGAGAGACUACAUCGUCAAUUUACUUGCCAGAAUUGGAUUCAAGAUUCAUUUCAAGCCUCAGGGUGCAUUCUUUUUAUUUGCAGAGAUACCUGAAAAUUGCCCACUUUCUGAUGUAGAGUAUGUUAGAAAGUUAAUACAACAGGCAGGGGUAGUGGCUGUGCCAGGAUGUGGAUUUUUUCAUGCAGACUCAUCUGUGGAGAAACUUUCUCAGGAUAGUUAUAACUACCAGGAUAGAUACAUCAGGUUUGCUUUCUGUAAAAGUGAUCAUACUUUGGCUUCUGCAGCAAAAAGACUUGGGGAGCUUUUGGAUGCUGCAGGGUGUCUCAAUCUAAAAUAACUUGGUAGCAAGAAUAUACACCUCAUAUUUAUUUACUCAAAUUUUGAGAUGCUUAGAAUAUAACUUCUCUCAAAGUUAUAUAAGCUUGUAUUUUGAUUUUGAAUAUUCAGAAAAGGUACUCGGAUAUUCUUGGGAAAUUUUGGAGAAAAUAUGACAAACAGUAAAGUUUGUUUUCGGGCAGAGCAAAAAUUGAAUCAAAGCCAUAAUGCUUUAGGAUAACAAAGUCAUUUAGGGAUGCGAAAUGAUAUUUGUAAGUUAUAACACAAGAGAUGAGUCUCACACAGUUUAAGCUAAUGCUACAAGAUAUAUCCAAGGUUGAUAGUUGAUACUUACUGCAAGCCGAGCAGCAAAAGAAGAAGGGUAAUCCAAGGGGAUGGAGAAGGUGUUGUCUGUUCAGGGGUCAACUUUGACAUCCUGGGAUUGUCAUAUUUGUCAGGAAUCAGGAUCGAUCAGCAAGGUUGCCCCAAGAAUCUUGUUUGGGUUUGGUUUCUGACCGUCUCUCUAUUUCAAGCAUACUUGAUCAUAUUGUCGGAUAAUUGAUGAACCACUGACCUCUAUGGUGCAUAUUCGUGGAAGUAGUUUGUUAUAGUUGAGCUAUUAAAGGUGCACAGACUGUACAUGCUGUGGAAACGUUGUCUAUGUGAAUGAACUAGAUCUCGUUUUGUACUUGUAAAAUCUUGGGGAAACAAGAAGG